CCUCCGUAGCAAUUCAUGUUAGCCAAAACAGCGAACACAACCGGUUUCUAAAAAUAGCCCUUGACAGGAAUAUUACAAGAAAAAAAAGCUGAUGCAACGCCACUUAGGGUUUUAGAUGUGAAUUUGUGAGUGUCUCACAGUCCCACUCUCUGAUUCUGAUAGAAGUGCCAGGCGUCGAUAAAUUCUCCGCCAACUUUGAAAAUGUCGGUGACAAAUCAUCAAUUAAUUGCGUUUGGCCCUCUUUCGUCUUCUUCGUCUUCUUUCUUUGCUCACUCAAAUAUCACUUCUUCAAGAGCUCAGAUAGUUGGUGUUAGAGUUAAGAAUGUCGGGGUUGUUAAAUGUGUUGCAACUCCACCUGCUCAACAGACUGCUUACACAAGCAAGGUCUCUCGAAACCCUAAUAUGGCAAAGCUUGAAGCUGGUUAUCUCUUCCCUGAGAUUGGCAGGAGAAGGAAUGCACACAUGUUGAAAUAUCCAGAUGCGAAAGUCAUAAGCCUUGGAAUUGGUGACACUACUGAGCCUAUUCCUGAUAUUAUUACAUCUGCUAUGGCUAAGAGAGCUCAUGAUCUCUCCACACUCGACGGUUAUAGCGGUUAUGGAGCUGAACAGGGUGAAAAGAAAGUAAGAGCUGCAAUUGCUUCAACAUAUUAUGGAGGCCUUGGCAUUGAAGAAGGCGAUAUAUUUGUCUCAGACGGAGCUAAGUGUGACAUAGCGCGGCUUCAGAUGCUUUUUGGAUCAGAUGUCACAAUGGCCGUGCAAGAUCCAUCAUACCCUGCGUAUGUAGACUCGAGUGUUAUAAUGGGCCAGACAGGAAAAUAUCAGAAGGAUUCAGAAAAGUAUGGUAAAAUUGAGUACAUGAGGUGUAUUCCCGAGAAUGGCUUCUUUCCUGACCUGUCUACUGUUGGCAAGACGGAUAUUAUUUUUUUCUGUUCACCAAACAAUCCUACUGGUGCUGCUGCAACAAGAGAUCAACUAACCAAAUUGGUAAAAUUUGCUAAGGAGAAUGGGUCUAUCAUUGUCUAUGAUUCUGCAUAUGCAAUGUACAUUUCAGAUGACAGCCCACGCUCAAUUUAUGAAAUUCCUGGAGCCAAGGAGGUUGCUAUUGAAACAGCGUCGUUUUCUAAGUAUGCUGGAUUCACUGGUGUUCGUCUUGGCUGGACUGUUGUGCCAAAAGAGCUUUUGUUUUCAGAUGGAUUUCCUGUUGCAAAGGACUUUAAUCGCAUUGUCUGUACUUGCUUUAAUGGUGCUUCCAACAUAUCCCAAGCCGGUGUUCUAGCUUGCCUCUCUCUAGAAGGCCUCAAGGCAAUGAAGCAAGUCAUUGGUUUCUACAAAGAAAAUACCAACAUAAUAGUGGAUACAUUCAAGUCCCUCGGUUUUAAUGUAUAUGGGGGAACAAACGCGCCAUAUGUAUGGGUGCACUUUCCUGGACGAAGUUCUUGGGAUGUUUUCAGUGAGAUUCUUGAAAAGACUCACGUGGUUACCACACCUGGUAGUGGGUUUGGGCCUGGAGGUGAAGGGUUCGUCCGUGUUAGUGCCUUUGGUCACAGGGAAAAUAUUCUGGAAGCCUGCAGAAGAUUCAAGGAGUUGUACAAGUGAUGCUUGAACAAUAUUUAUGGUCUCUAGGGCUGUCAAUUAUUAGUACAAUGGUUGGCCAUCACGCCUUUGCUUAUUGAAUCUUAAAUAAUGAAUGUGCAUCUCUCUUUUGUUCCUUUUC